GCCCAAACCCAUCGACCAAUCCUCGCAACCCCGAGCUGAUGGCAGGAUAUGAGACAGCGCUGUGUCUCUCUCAGAGACGUGAGUCACGCAGCCGAGGACGAGCCGGAUAAUGGCUUAUUUCUCUCUCUCUCUCUCUCUCGCUCUGGAGGUCAUUGUGUACAGCGAGGCUCUUAACGAGCUGUAGGUCACAUGACUCUCUCUGCUGGCUCUCUCUGAGCAUGCUCAGUUCACUGUGUUGUCAGGCAAAAAAGAAGAAGCACUGGAACAGACGAGGUCUGCGAUAGAUAAACACACAGACACACAGAGAGAGCCGGAGAUGGGUGACCGCUGCUAGUGCACAGGGAUUCUGCUGUACUGGAUGCUCUGUGCGUGCUGUGUUUCUUCAUGUAUUGUGCUGUUCAUCCGCUGUCUGUCGUGUCGGAGGAGAAGCAUCCGUCUGGCAGUCGCUCCGUCCUCGCUGAAGAAAGCACAGAGCUCAUCUUACUGAAGACGUCUCCUGUCGUCCCAGAGUGCCUGUUGUUUUGCUGUGUGAGCUGAAAUGGAUCAGAAAAGCUUCAUCCUGUCAGAAACGCGUCUGUGAACACCAGAGCCAAUGGAUAUCAAAGGCCAGGUCUGGACGGAUGAAGAAUCAGACGGAGAGAAUGAACCGGAGCAGUUCCUGUACGGGAUUCAGGGGAGCUGUGCAGCCGACUUGUACCGUCACCCACAGCUGGACGCUGACAUCGAGGCUGUAAAAGACAUUUACACAGACAGCGCUGUGUCCGUCAGAGAGUACGGCACCAUCGAUGACGUGGACAUCGACCUGCAAAUCAACAUCAGCUUCUUGGAUGAGGAGGUGGCGACCGCAUGGAAGGUGAUCCGAACUGAGGCCAUCGUCUUACGCCUCCGUUUCUCUCUUUCACAGUACCUGGAUGGACCAGAACCAUCUGUGGAGGUGUUUCAGCCAUCUACUAAAGAAGGCUUCAGUUUGGGUCUUCAACUAAAGAAGAUCCUCAGUACGUUCACGUCGCAGCAGUGGAAGCACCUCAGCAAUGAGUUCCUCAAAGCCCAGCAGGAGAAGCGACACAGCUGGUUCAAAGCCGGAGGAACCAUCAAGAAAUUUCGUGCAGGACUGAGCAUCUUCUCCCCAAUUCCCAAGUCUCCCAGUUUCCCCCUGAUCCAGGACACAGUGUUGAAAGGCAAACUGAACGUGCCCGAGCUCAGAGUCACCCGGCUCAUGAACCGCUCCAUCUCCUGUACCAUGAAGAACCCCAAGGGGGAGCUGUUUAGCUAUCCUCCGAACAGCCAGACUGUGGCUGUCCCGGCGGGCAGGGCCCCUGCGCAGAUUACCACCCGCCAGCUGAUUGAGUUGUUUUUCUCAUCCCAGGCGGGCGGACACUGCAAGAACAUCCCCACGCUGGAGUACGGCUUCCUCGUGCAGAUAAUGAAAUACUCUGAGCAGCGCAUCCCCACUCUGAACGAAUACUGCGUGGUGUGUGACGAGCAGCACGUCUUCCAGAACGGAUCCAUGCUGAAGCCUGCAGUUUGCACGAGAGAGCUGUGUGUGUUUUCCUUCUACACGCUGGGAGUGAUGUCCGGAGCGGCUGAGGAGGUGGCCACCGGCGCUGAGGUGGUGGACCUGCUGGUGGCCAUGUGUCGCGCCGCUCUCGAGUCGCCCCGUAAAAGCAUCAUCUUUGAGCCGUAUCCAUCUGUGGUCGACCCCAAUGACCCCAAAACACUCGCCUUUAACCCGAAGAAGAAGAAUUAUGAGCGUCUGCAGAAAGCUCUAGACAGUGUGAUGUCUAUUCGGGAAAUGACACAGGGCUCAUAUCUGGAGAUUAAGAAGCAGAUGGAUAAACUGGAUCCUCUGGCUCAUCCGUUAUUGCAGUGGAUUAUAUCCAGUAACAGGUCUCAUAUUGUGAAGCUGCCGCUCAGUAGGCAGCUGAAGUUCAUGCACACGUCUCAUCAGUUUCUGCUGUUGAGCAGCCCGCCAGCAAAAGAAGCUCGAUUUCGCACCGCAAAGAAACUCUACGGCAGCACCUUCGCCUUCCAUGGCUCCCAUAUUGAGAACUGGCACUCAGUUCUGAGAAAUGGACUGGUCAAUGCCUCUUAUACUAAACUGCAGCUGCAUGGAGCAGCGUACGGGAAGGGCAUCUAUCUGAGCCCCAUAUCCAGUAUUUCCUUUGGAUACUCAGGAAUGGGGAAGGGACAGCAUCGCAUGCCCACUAAAGAUGAGUUAGUCCAGCAAUAUAAUCGAAUGAACACAAUGCCACAGAGUCGCCCCAUACAGUCGCGGUUCCUCCAGAGCAGGAAUUUAAACUGCAUCGCUCUCUGUGAAGUGAUCACGUCCAAAGACCUGCAGAAACAUGGGAACAUCUGGGUGUGUCCGGUGUCUGACCACGUCUGCACACGCUUCUUCUUCGUGUAUGAGGACGGUCAGGUGGGAGAUGCUAACAUUAACACACAGGAGCCCAAGAUCCAGAAGGAGAUCAUGCGUGUGAUCAGCACCCAGAUCUACUCCAGCUGAAGAGCUGUCCUGCAGAAACGGUCGAGACGGACACAUUUCUGGGCUCCAAACUCACCCAGGGGCGCCGUCUUUCCUCGACUCUACUCCAUCUGUGCUCUCUUUAAUCCUGUCUUUCACAUGGGAUGCAAGAUGAGGGAAAACUUCAUGAUAAACCCUGCCCACAACCCUUUGACUUCCCACAGAGCCGCUGUCAGUCAAAAGCAGACCGGCGCCUGAUUGGACGAGACGGUCGGCCAAUGAACUCGCAUCUGUCGCUCGUUUUCUCUUUUUCACGGAUCGUUUCUCACACUAAAUAUCUAAACACGUAAAAAACAUGUUUAUUGCAGUUUUGUCCGUCUCUGGAUAGUAAAUGAUGAAUCUGUGCGCUUUAUUGUGUUCGUAUCUUCUUCAUCUUUCUCCUCCGCUGCUCUUUCUGACUUUUAUUAAUAUCCCAGAUGUUUUUAUCUCGGAGUUUCCUGCUGAAAUCAAUUUCCUGUCUUUUGUUGCUGAGCUCCGCUUACAUGUGUACGAACACUCACACUGAUUUAUCGCCUGACAGAAAACGGAUGAGAGGACAGGGACGCGUCGUUACUCGUGUUUAUACUUAUAUCUUCUGGAUAGAGUCGUCGUGACGCCGUUUUGGUGCCGUCAUCCGAUGGGACGCGCGAGCUGAAGCCAGAGACGCUUUUAUCUCCAUUCUCAGACAUUCCCGAGUGCUUGUGGGUCAUUUCCACAAAGCCUGCAGAGGGAUGACGUACAGUAGCAAUCAAACAUUUGGACACAUUAUUUAUUCUAUUUUCUACAAUAAUAGUAAAGUGUGCAAACUCUGAAAUCACACAAAUGGAAGUCAAAACUCGUUUAAAGUUAACAUUAAAUUCAAGUUGCAACCGCCUCUUCUUUCCUGUUGUGAUCAAAGUUUGAAAUGAACUUUAUCACUCAUCAACUUUAUCACUUAUUUAUUGGAUAUAGCAUAUUUCAUGCACAGUGGUCAUUCAUAGUGAUUUAUAUAAAAAGGAUUCAAAAUAAUCAUAAAAUGAUCACAAUUG